UGUUACGUACAACCAUGACUUGUAUACCUCGGUGCCUCCUCUAUAUAUUAUCUCCCUCUCGCGAUAUCUCCGCAGUCUUCCUCCGCGUUUUCAUUCCAACGCGCGCUCUCGCCGCGGACAGAUCCACGUAUACCACACAUCACCGCACAAAACACGCCGUUCACGCGACCGCUGCUGCUAAAAUAUACACAUGUGUAUAGUGGCUUGCUAACUCUUUGCUUCGUGACUGUUAAUCAGUAUACUUAUAACAUGGAUGUAUGAGCGCGUGUGCCGGUCACUAUACGUAUUGUAUUACUUUUUACUCGAGAAUCGGAGCACAAAAUCUGUCAUACCGAUCCGAUCGCUGUGUUGAUUUCCGUAUUUUCGUUCCUUUUUCGUGCCAAAAAAAGAGUGGAUGAAAACCAUGUGUCUCGUUGACAAACCAAAAUAACAAAGGUUACAUUGUUGAAAAACAACGUGCUUGUGUGUGGGUGGGUGCUUAAGUGGAUAAUAUACCUCACGUGUUGCCGAUAUUUGCAGGUCGUGAUUGAUCAAUUGGAAACGAACAUGUGAUCGAUUGGCAAGAUCGGAAAGGUGACGAAACGAAGCGAAAAUCUUUGUGACGGUACACCGCAGUCACCGGCAAGAAGGAUGAGAACGAGCGGCUGUUAGCGAGUGUGUACACCCGCGUUACAGAGUCUCGAAGCAGUUGGAAGCCGAAAAACCGAGGGGAGGAGAGAAAAAGGGGAUAAAAUGGACGUGCCGGUGGUUACGACGACGCCAACCUCCUCGGACGUGAGUCCUGCGACGAUUCUCCUGGUAUCGAAGAUCGGCUCGAUGUUCGUCCUGGGAUUAGGUUCCCUGCUCCUCGGCACGCUGCCUCUGAUGAUCGGACGCUGCCGGGCGAAAAAGUGCGAGAAGAGCAUCAGCAGGCGCGCCAUCGGCAGCAGCGUGUCCAGCGCCUCGACUACCCUCACCACCGGCUCUAUCGUCACCGCGAGCAGCGGCUCGUCCGCGCAACCGGCUGAUUCCUCGCAAGGCCUGUUGACGUCCCUGCUGCUGUGCUUCGGCGGGGGAGUCCUGCUCUUCACGACCUUCCUCCACUUGGCACCGGAGGUCCGCGAGAGCGUCGAGCUCCACCAAGCGAGCGGCCGGCUCCUGAGCCUCGGCAGCCUGAGCCUCGCCGAGCUACUGUUCUGCGGCGGCUUCUUCCUCGUGUACCUCGUCGAGGAAGCCGUCCACGCCGCCCUGAGCGGCAAACCCGAGUCGUCGGACGCCCUGCUCUACCGCACCGUGUCCGUCCGGCGCUGCAACCACGCCACCAGUCCCGCCCACCACUACAACCACAACAACGGUGGCGGAGGAGGAUCAUCAUCAUCAGCUCAGCCCGUCCCGGUGAGAGCUUGGCGCCUGUCCGAGGGCUCGGAGGCCGACGAGGAGCGCUGCCCCGCGAGCAAACACGGGGACCGUCCCGUCUUCGUGGCCGCGGUCGCUCCCAUCCGGCACAACGACCACUACCACGACCGGCCGCUAUCCCAGCGGGGACACUUGCCGGGCUGCGAGGAGGCCGGUCUCAAGCCACGAGCCAACGAGCCAAAGCCCAACGGUGCAGGCAACAAACAAACUCGGCCCCACGACAACUCGAUGCGUAGCCUGUUGACGGUCCUGGCGUUGUCCUUCCACGCGAUAUUCGAGGGCCUGGCCGUGGGCCUCGAGCCGGCCAUGAGCUCGGUCCUCUACUUGGCCGCCGCCAUAGCCACCCACAAGCUCGUCAUCUCCUUUUGCGUCGGCAUGGAGCUUUACGUGGCUGGGGCCUCGAGGCGGGCGAUACUCGGCUACUUGAGCGUCUUCUCCAUGGUCACGCCCCUCGGUAUAGCCAUCGGGCUCGGGCUCGGGCAGUUUCGCGACGUUGGCGCCGGGGACGAGACCCUCGGGCCCGUGUCCACGAUACUCCAGGGCAUGGCGGCCGGCACCCUACUCUACGUCGUCUUCUUCGAGGUGUUGGCCCGCGAGAGGGCCAACGACAAGAGCGGCUUGCUACAGUUGGCCGCCAUCUUCGUGGGUUUCAUGCUCAUGCUCGGCCUACAGCUCGUCACCGCUCACUCGCACGGAGGUCACGAUCAUGGGACGAACCAUACACACCAUACUCACCCCGAGACCCUGACCAGUUAAACGCGCACAACUGUUGUUGCGUCUUGUGCAGUGCCAUCAUCGUCGUCGAGCAAGUAACCAUCAAGGCCGUUGUAGAUGGUUUAUCGACUGCACUAUGACGUAACCGCAGCUUUAUAUAUAUGUAUAUGCACGAAAAUGAUUGUGCAUGUAUAUAUACACACACAUACAAUUCAUAAUAAAACAGCCGUAAAGCCGUAUUAAGUACAUACAUCGCACAAAAGCUCUCCGGCUCCUCUUUGACCUGCACAAGGGGAGCGCAACUCUUAUGCAGAUUUAGAUAAUAUACAUGUACACGUGUACCUAUACAUAUAUAGAUAUCAUAAAUAAUUUUUUUAUCGAGUACCUACAGUUGUAGCUAAAGUCUAGUUGAAGAAGGACCGAUAGAGUUUAGGUUUCAAGAGGAGCAAGUGCGUCUCGAUGGAUAUUUAGAUGCAUGAUAAACAAUUUUUUUCUUUUUCCUUAUUUUUAUCCAUGUCCUAUUAUUAAGAAAGCGAAACUUUCGUAUGUUUUUAUGCGUGUGUGUGCGUUUUUUGCCAUAAGUUAUACUGACAAGAUUACAUUAUUCUUUAAUGUUAUAUUUUACAAUAUUUUUCUAUCGUAAUGCGCGAUAAAACAAUAAAGACAUUGUAACUCUGUAAUGUAAGAAGGUGAGUUCAUUUGGGACAAAAUCACGUUGUCUUGCAUUUAAAUGUAUUACGAGUAUUUUUUAACUGAACUUUUUUCCGAAAGACUUACGCAUGAUGCAUCAUCGUUACAAGUAUGAUAGUGAGAGAUCUUUGGAAACUGUAAUUGUGUUUCCGAGAGAAAAAAAAACAAUAUUUUUGAUAGGUUUUUAAAAGUUAACUUUGUGAUAGGAUUAACCAGUAGAAUAAGAAUGAGACACGUUGUCUU